UGUCUUAUUUCAGGGUAUUAUUGUUCUUGAGGUACCAUCUUCAUUGACUGAAGGUUGGUGACGAUUUCAGUAUAUCUUCAGCGCUCCAUAUGACAAUAUUUUUCAAGCCACUGGUGCUGCCAUCGGCCUGGGGGGCAGAUGUUUUCGAGUCCCACAUGGGACAUUUUCGCUGGAAUUUUAUUUUUGUGAUUAUUGUCGUCACUGUGCUGUUACUUUUGUUAAGUUAUUUUAUCUUAACACGGUUGUUGAAAAAAAUGUGGUCAAUAACUGAGAAAAUAGAAUGGCUUAGAAACCACUUUGUGCAAAGGAAACCACCUGGCAAGGUUUUGACGAUAUGUUGUGUUCUAAAUGUAGCCAAAAAGAGAGAAGAAAAGAGGAGCAGAAAGCUAAAGAAAGAGCGCAGUAAACUACUGGCCAUCAUUCCCUUACUACCAUGGCCAUCUCUCCCGGACACCUCGGGAGAGAUCGCCAAUCGAGAGUUUAAAUUAUGUUCCAUUUUUUUAUUUAUUUGGUUAAAAUUUUUCAAUUACUCUGUGUUAUUUUAUACGUAAAUGAUUAAAGGCUGG